AUGCACCUAAGCAUGGGUGGUCAGCCUUUAAUCAUUCUAUCCACUCAUGGAGCGGCACACGACCUGCUGAGUCGGCGAAGCGCCAGGUACUCGGAUCGUCCACGAAUGGUCAUGUCCGGCGAGCUCGUGACCAAGGGAAUGCACAUGCUGCUGCGUCAGUAUGACGAGAGAUAUAGGCUACAUCAACGCAUGGAAGCACCUCUUCUCAAUGUCCGCGCAGCAAGCGCCUAUCGCCCCCUCCAGGACAUUGAGUCUCGACAGUUGCUCUUUGAUGUGCUGGGCGAGUGGGACGAGUUUGGGGAGAAGGGCAUAGAUUUCCACCAUCAUUUCGAACGCGCGAUGGCAAGUACGAUUUACUGCCUCAAUUAUGGUUACCGUCUCAAGACCGGUUACGAGAAGGAACUGAUGGAUGGCAAGAAAGUCCAAGCCGAGUUCGCCAGGACCGGCCAGGUAGGCGCCUACAUCGUGGACUCGUUCCCCUCCCUCAACUACCUGCCCAAGUUCCUCGCCCCUUGGAAGAAGGAAGCCGAGGGACUGUACGAGCUGGAGAGACAAUUGCACGUCGGGAAUCUCGACAAGGGUCUAGGAAAUGUGGGGUGGAACUUCAGUAAACACAUGCAAGCUUCCCCUGAGGCUCAGGGAAUGCCCAAGGAGGAGCUCGCUUUUGAUCUCGGAAUUCUUGCCGAUGCUGGACUCGAUACUUCCACUGUUGCCUUAGAUUGGUUUAUUGUCGCUUGGAUCACCUGUGGCUCUCGUUGGGUGCAGAAAGCACAGCAGCUGUUAGACGAGGUGGUUGGAAAAGAUCGACUUCCAACCUUCGAGGAUCGUCCCAAGCUUGCUUAUAUCGAUGCCAUUGCGAGCGAGACUCUGCGUUGGCGCCCUGUCGUUGUCAACGGUGUUCCUCACUUCACCAAGAAGGAGGACACCUAUAUGGGUUACUAUAUUCCUGCCCAUUCGAUUGUGCUUCCCAAUGCGUUUGCCAUUACCCGCGAUGAAUCUGUUUUCGGGGAGGAUGUUGACAAGUUCAUCCCCGAGCGGUGGAUGGCCGAGGAUGUGCCCGAUGAGCCAACGAUUGAUGCCUGCGGAUUCAAUGUCACGGCCCUGAAGGACCUACCUCACACGGGCUUUGGCUUUGGACGAAGAAUUUGUACCGGACGCAUCAUUGCCCGAAAUCAGCUGUUUAUUCAGAUGGCUCGAAUGCUCUGGGCCUUCGAUGUUGAGGCUGGUGUUGUUGAGGCCACCGGCCAGCGGCACAAGGUUGAUGACAUGGAUUGCACGGAGGGUUUCGUGACUCUACCCAAGCCUUUCCGAGCAGUAUUGAGACCAAGGGGCCAAUGGGCUAGGGACGUGAUCCUUGAGUCGGGCACCACGCAUGGAAUCAACCAUGCCGAGAUUCUCAACCAAGCUAGCAGGGACCGUGAGCAUGCCUGA